UAUCUUAGUGGAAUUUGCCGGAAUAAAAUGGAGAUUCCUGACCUAGGAUCUGGAACGGAGCUGCAGAAACAUUAAUUUCUCAGGGUGAGAUUGCCUCCACUCAAAGGAACAGUAACAUACUGGAAAUAAGCAAGGUGUAUACCAUUCACCCAGACUAAGAAAAGCUUUGUCCUAAAAGGAAUAAAAUAAUCAUGGCAGAAUGUACAGGCUACAAGGAAACCUCAAAUCGGCACCUACGUUUCAAAUUGCAGAGCCUCAGUCGCCGCCUUGAUGAGCUGGAGGAAGCAACUAAAAAUCUGCAGAAAGCAGAGGAUGAGCUGCUUGACCUCCAGGACAAAGUUAUCCAGGCAGAAGGCAGCAACUCCAGCAUGCUGGCUGACAUUGAAGCCCUGAGGAAGAGAGUGCUGAAGAUUGAAGGCAAGGAUGAAGAAAUUAGGAAGGCUGAAGAGCUUUGCAGAUUAAUGAAAGAGAAACUUGAAGAGGAGGAGAGCCUCACUCGAGAUCUGAAGUCAGAAAUUGAGCUCCUUCAGAAGAGAAUGGCAGAGCUGGAGAAGCUGGAGGAGGCCUUCAGCAGGAGCAAGAAUGACUGUACACAGCUGUGUCUUAGCCUCAAUGAAGAAAAGAACUUGACCAAAAAGAUAUCUACAGAAUUAGAAAUACUUAGAGUUAAAGUGAAAGAACUGGAAUCAUCUGAGGAUAGGCUGGAUAAAACUGAGCAGACCUUAACAGCUGAGUUAGAAAAGCUGAAAUCCUUAACCCUGAGCUUUAUCACAGAAAGAAAACAUUUUAAUGAAAGAGAAAAGCAAAAUGAAAAAAUAAUCCAGGAGCUAACACAGAAACUAGAACAAAACAAUAAACUAAAUAGAGCAGAUCAAACUAGAAAUGCAUCCAACUUGCUGGAAAGGUCAUCCAACAACCUCCUGGAAAGAAAUGAUAUGAGAAUUGAAGAUGACUUGACUUCUGCACUGCCUUCAAAGGAGACCAGGAGGAAGGGAAGUGUGGAUUACCUGAAACACGUAGAAAAUGAAACCAGGAAUAAAUCAGAAAACCAAAAGAAUAAAAACCAGGAAGACAACAAAGUCAAAGAUCUCACCCAAGAAAUUGAGAAACUUAAAACUCAGAUCAAACAUUUUGAAUCUUUAGAAGAAGAACUUAAAAAAGUGAGAGCCAAAAAUAAUGAUCUGCAAGACAGUUACUUAAGUGAGCAGAAUAAAAACAAACUCUUAACCGGUCAGUUAGAAGAAAUAAAAAUGCAAAUAAAGAAACAGAAAGAUCUGGAGAACGGAGAAGUUGAAAAUGAAGAUACAAGUUUUUCUAGCAGGGGAAAACAUGACCGACCUAAAUACAGAGGUGUGAUGAGUGAUUUGCCAGCUGCUAAGCACAAGGCAAGGGAGCUGUCACCACAGCAGCGCCGGGACAGGGCACGGAACAGAGACUUCUCCAGCACUAAUGACAGCUACAGCCACAGUGGGAAGCAGGUGCCCAGUCCAAGCUUAGUGAACAGAAGAGCAGGGAAAGCUUCUGCUGCAUCUGCCCUUUCAGACACUGCUGGCACAGAUACAAGAAAACUGGAAGAGAAAUCUUCAGUUUCCACUCUUUCUUCUGGUCAGAAGGAUGGCUGCAUCAUGCAGAAUGAGGGGAAGAGAUCCAAAGAGCAGCCAUCUGUCCUCAGCAGAUAUCCUCCUGCUGCACAAGAGCAGAAGUCUUGGAAAGCACUUUCCAAACCUGUUGGUGAUGCAGGCCUGAGAUCCAAGGCUGAAAAGCCAUCUCAGGUGCUCCGUGGCAGCUGCCAAAAUGGUGCUGACACACGAGAUGAAAAGUCAAGCAAAGGAGAAUCAGUGGGUUCUUUGGCUGAGAAGCUGAAAACGAGUCAGGAUGAAGUCAGUGAGUGCUUGAGGGACAUGCAGCUCACAAGGGGUAACCACAUCUCUUCCAAUGGCACAGUCUCAGCAUACAGGUACCACGUGUCCUCCAGUGGGUCAGACUCUGCUGGCUCUAAAGUGGAAGCAGCGAGCACUUUUGCUGCAUCACACAGACAGCCCUCAGAGGGGAGGGCUAAAAGGGCAGUAAUCUCCCAGGAAAGAGAAGCUGCAGAUGCAUCACUUGAAAGUGUGAAGCUUUCGACACUAACAAAGCGUUCCCAUCACUCCAGGAGCCAGGAGGACAUUCUGCAGAUUCUCACAGCUCUGGAUAAAGAAGGCACCGAGCAGUCUUCAAGCUCAACAACAGAUCAUGUAAAUGUGGGUUUAAAAACUGACUCCAAAACCACGCAGAGUAACCAGGAAAAACUUAAUUCAGAUGAAGAAUCAGGGAGAGGCAAAAACCCAACCACUCAGUCAGAUUUUGAGACAAGAAAGAAAAUCAGUUCCAAGCAGUUCUCCAAUUCUAGGGGAGUUUUUAGAGCAUCACUUUUUGAAGAUGACAAAAGAACUGUGAAUGAUGAAGAGUCUACUAAGUGCAUAAAACCAUUAGAUGCCAGCCCUGGAGGAUUGAAAUCCAGAAGAACCUUCAGCCCUAGAGAAGCUCUGAGAUCAAAAGCCAUCAUUAAGCCUGCAAUUGUUGAGAAGGAUAUGAAGGCAAUCAUGGGAGGGGCUGUUUCAGAGGCAGAGUCAGAAAAACAGAAGUCUACUUUUAAAACAGUAACAAAUAAAAUGUCAAGCAGCAUCACAAUCUUCCCUUCUGAGCCAACAGCUCCAAGGACCACUUCAGAUACAGCAGCAAAGGAAAGGCAUGUUACCACCAGCAACAUCAGAGUUGCUUCAAAUGAGCCUUCACCAUCAAUAACAAACAAUGCCCCUUCACCCUUUGAGAUUUCAGUUAAUAGAAGUGCUCUGAAGUCAUCUGAGACAGACAGAAGUGGAGAGGCAGCGAGAAGUAAAGCUGAAACAGUGGUCUCAAGAAGCAGCAUUAUGCUAAAGACUUCUGAGCUCAUGGAGAGGAGCAGUGAGCCACCUCUGGAGACAAUCAGCUGGAAGAGCCAUGGCUCGUCAGAGGCGGGUUCAUCCGAAACAAAGCAUGUCACUGUGAGAAGUUCCUGGAGAACAAGACAAGGCCUGCAUUCCCUGGAGGACUCUCAAACCAAAGUGGAGAAAAGUGCAACUUUCAGUGUCACAAACUUGUGUAGGUCCUCAGUGGACCUUUCAGAAGGGGAAGGGAAUAGUUCAAAAACAGACUUCCUGGAGCAGACUUCAUCAAGGACGAGUGCCACUGCUAAUUCUUGGAGUGCCCCUGACCCUGUACUUGGGUCCCAAAGGACCAAAAGUAACUUAAGUGCAUCUGAGCUGCUGACAUGCAGGAGCUAUGGCAGUGAUCCUACAGCAGCUGCUGCUCGGCAGAGGAGCACACUACCUGAUGAAAGCAAGGAUUUUGUGUCCAGUUCCAGAAGGAAGCAGUAUGGCUCUUCUGAGUACCUGCUUCAGGCUGACACUGUGGGGAAAAGGACAGCCACCAAGGACCCUGAAUCCAACUCCCCUGCAGCAGCAGGGCUGCAAGGAGAGGAGCAGGGCUCUGCCCGGCCUGGCCGCACAUCCCGGAGAUGAGCUGCAUUUCCCUCUGUGACCGUGGUGAAGCAAGAGGCAGGGCAGUACC